GCCGGCCUCGGGCAUGGCUUUGGGCGAGAUGGAUGGAGCGGGGUCGGAGCCGGAGGAAGGCAAGAAUCAGGAGCCAGGUGUCGUCACCACGAGAAAUAUCCUGGAGAGUUUCACAGAGAGUCAGGAGGUCAGGGGGCUCAUCGGUAACCUGCAGGGAGUCUUUGGGGAUCUGGUGGCUCGAGAAAUGACCGUGGAAAAAUUCAUAGGUAUAAUGGACAAGUACCAGGAGCAACCUCACUUGUUGGAUCGCCACUUAGAGUGGAUGAUGAAUUCACUGUUGGAUAUAGUACGGGACAAUGGAUCUCCUCCCCCACUAGUUCACCUGGCUUUUAAAUUUCUUUACAUCAUUACAAAGGUGAGGGGGUACAAACUUUUCCUCCCACUGUUUCCUCAUGAAGUAGGUGAUCUACAGCCUGUUUUGGAUAUGCUUGUAGACCAGAAUCCAAAAGACUCUGAGACUUGGGAAACUCGUUAUAUGCUUUUAUUAUGGCUCUCCAUGAUAUGCUUGAUUCCUUUUGAUCUGGCCCGUUUUGAUGGAAAUAUUAUUUCUGAGGAAGGGCAUGCUCGUAUGCCAACCAUGGAUCGCAUACUUAAAAUAGCAAAAUGUUACUUGGUUGUCAGUGAUAAGGCUCGAGAUGCAGCUGCUGUACUGGUUUCAAAAUUUAUUGUCCGCCCUGACGUCAGGCAAAAAAGGAUGGCAGACUUCCUGGACUGGACACUUUCAAUGUUAUCUAAAUCGUCCUUCCAGACCAUGGAGGGGACUGUUGUUAUGAAUGGCAUGCUCCAGGCCCUGGCACAGUUAUUUAAACAUGGCAAAAGAGAAGAUUGUUUACCAUAUGCUGCUACUGUACUCGAGUGUCUUGAUAACUGCAAGCUGUCAGAAAGUAAUCAGAUGGUUCUUCGCAAGCUAGGGAUGAAACUUGUUCAACGACUUGGGCUGACAUUUGUGAAACCGAAGGUAGCAAAAUGGAGAUACCAGCGUGGCUGUCGAUCUCUGGCUGCCAAUCUGCAAGCUCAGGGUUCAGUUGUGCAGAAUCAAAUGAUAAUGGUUGCUGCUAAUGAAGCUGACGAUGAAGAGGAAUAUGACAUUCCAGGAGAGAUUGAAAAUGUUGUAGAGCAAUUGUUGGUUGGACUGAAAGACAAAGACACUAUUGUCAGGUGGUCUGCAGCAAAAGGAAUUGGUAGAAUAACUGGAAGACUUCCAAAAGAAUUAGCAGAUGAUGUGAUUGGGUCUCUAUUGGACUGUUUUAGUUUCCAGGAAACAGACAAUGCAUGGCAUGGUGGAUGCCUGGCUCUGGCUGAAUUAGGCAGAAGAGGAUUGUUACUCCCUUCCCGAAUUUCAGAUGUUGUUCCUGUCAUUUUGAAAGCACUGACAUAUGACGAGAAGAGGGGGGCAUGCAGCGUGGGUUCCAACGUGAGAGAUGCAGCGUGCUAUGUGUGCUGGGCCUUUGCUCGUGCUUAUGAUCCUGCAGAACUGAUACCGUUUAUUAAUCAGAUUUCAAGUGCAUUGGUUAUUGCUGCAGUAUUUGAUCGUGAUGUUAACUGCAGAAGAGCUGCUUCUGCUGCCUUCCAGGAGAAUGUUGGGAGACAGGGCACUUUUCCACAUGGCAUAGACAUUCUAACUGCAGCUGAUUAUUUUGCUGUUGGUAACAGAGUUAACUGUUAUCUGUCUAUAAGUGUGUAUAUUGCUGGCUUUCCUCAGUAUACACAGCCAAUGAUUGAUCAUUUAGUUAACAUGAAGAUUAACCACUGGGAUAGUGUUAUUCGAGAACUUUCAACCAAAGCUCUGCAUAACCUUACUCCACGGGCUCCUGAAUACAUGGCGAAUGUGGUUUUGCCAAGACUUCUGCCUUUAUCAGUGGGCACAGAUCUGCACACACGCCACGGGGCAAUUCUUGCCUGUGCUGAGAUCACCCAUGCACUGUGCAAACUAGCAGAAGAGAAUAAUAGAUCUAUAACAUAUUAUUUCAAUGAAAAGUCAUUGGAGGGACUUAAGCAAAUCCAUCAAGAGCUUUGCAGUCGUCAAUUGUACAGGGGUUUAGGUGGAGAACUGAUGAGACCAGCUGUCUGCACUUUAAUUGAAAAGUUGUCACUAUCAAAAAUGCCAUUUAGAGGAGACCCAGUAAUUGGUGGCUGGCAGUUCUUAAUAAAUGACAGUCUAAGAAGUCUCCCUCUUGUUUCAAGCGCUGCACGACAGCAUAUAAAGGAGUCUGCAGUCUCUGCACUGGCUGCGCUGUGUAAUGAAUAUUACAUCAAUGAAAAGGGAGAAGCUGAUCCAGCUCUACAGGAUGAGCUGGUGACACAGUAUGUUUCAGAACUACAAAACACAGAGGAAAUGAUUCGUUGUGGCUUUUCACGAGCUCUUGGGGCGCUUCCAAGAUUUCUGCUAAAGGGCAGGCUCCAACAGGUUUUGGAAGGUUUGAAAAAAGUUACCUUAAUUUCCCCUGCAGACGUGAGCUUUGCAGAAGCCAGAAGAGAUGCCCUAAUAGCAAUUGCAAAGGUUUGCCAGACAAUAGGUGUAAAGGGAGAAGGAUCCCAGGAAGAAUAUGUCUGCAAAGAUAACGUUACUCAGAUUUAUGCUACACUACUUAGUGGUGUGACUGACUACACCACAGACAGCCGAGGAGAUGUUGGAGGAUGGGUACGUGAAGCUGCUAUGACAAGUUUAAUGGAAAUGACACUUCUGCUGGUUCAGAAUGAAGCGGAGUUAAUUAAUGCCAACAUCUGCAAACAGAUUAUGUGCUGGCUAGCUCAACAGUCGGCUGAAAAAAUAGAUAAAUUUCGAGCUCAUGCAGGAUCUGUGUUCCUUACUCUUCUACAUUUUGACCAUCCUCCAGUUCCACACAUACCUCAUCGAGAAGAGCUAGAGAGGAUAUUUCCAAGGUCAGAGAAAGAGACUCUAAACUGGAAUGCCGCAUCAGAAGCUUUCCCUCGAAUCACCCAGCUUUUGGGUUUGCCAACGUACCAAUACUAUGUGCUUUUGGGUCUCUCAGUGUCUGUUGGUGGAUUAACAGAGACAACGCUCAGAUACUCUGCCCAGAGCCUUUUUGACUACAUGAAGAAAAUCCAGAAUGAUUCCAGUGCUAUGGAGAGUUUUUGUGAGACAUUGCUAAAGGUCUUUGAGGAUAACCUGCGGAAUGACCGGGUGUCUGUACCUCUCCUGACAAUGCUAGACCAAAUGCUGGCCAACGGCUGUUUUGAUAUAUUUACCAUGCAAGAGAACCAUCCCUUUUCAGUGAAGUUAUUUACCCUUUGUAAAGAAGAGAUCAAAAGAUCCAAAGACAUCCGGAAGCUUCGCUCCAGCAUAGGAGUGUUUUGUGGCCUGAUUCAAUUUCAAGGAGACAUGAGAGAGAAAGUUCUAUUUCAGUUGUUUCUCCUCCUUUGCCAUCCGUUUCCUGUAAUACGGAAAACGACAGCCAGUCAAGUUUACGAAAUGUUGAUAACCUACAGUGAUGUCGUGGAUCCUGCCAUUAUGGAUGAGGUUAUGACCAUACUCAGCGAUACCAACUGGGAAGCUGAAUUGCCCGUAGUAAGAGAGAAACGCAACUGUCUCUGUGACCUCAUGAAAGUGCCCAAGCCGCAGCUGGUAUCCAAGAGUUCAGCGUAAUGAAGUUGCAGGCACUGGCUGCUGGUUUGUAAACUGGAGCUCUUGGUUCGGGUGCCAUUAGGACUGGAAGAGUUUGUGCGGCAGCAUCCUGACAAACUGGAUUCUCAGCAUGAGCUGCGAAGUGCACUGUUUAACAAAAUAAGAGGCAGAGAUUGUGUCCUAAAGCAUUGUGCAGAUAUGCCACAGGAAAGCAACAAAGAUUCAUUAUGUUUUCAGUUUUUAAAGUCAUUAUCUGUAGCCACAAGAUGGCGGUUUCUCUUCAUACUUCUGUCACAAUUGACCCGGGGUUUUUUUUAUGUCAGUGAUUUAUACUUCUUCAGCUCUGAAUGGAGCCAUUCAGCCUGUGCUUGCUGUACACACAUAAAGUAUUAAAUCUGA